CACCUUUUCCUCAACCGAAAGGGAAUUCACUCACUAAAUGUCCAAGUUGUGUGUGAUAGCCAUCAAAAAAAGAAUAAGCUUCAGUGCUAAAUAUCCUGGCAGCACUCAUGACUCCUUCAUUUGGAGCAACAGUGAUCUUCGGAGAAGAUUUUUGGCCGGAGAAUUUGGUGAUUCAUACUUACUUGGUGAUAGUGGUUAUUCACUGGAGCCAUAUAUUAUGACUCCUAUACAUGAACCCCAAACACAAGCUGAAAGAUCAUAUAAUAGGAGCCACAUCCAGACACGCUUAGUGGUGGAGCAAACAUUUGGUGUCUUAAAAUCAAGGUUCCGCUGUCUGCACACAUCAGGUGGUUCUCUACAAUAUGCACCAGAUAAGUGUGCUAAAAUUGUCAUCGCAUGUCUUCUCCCUCACAACUACUGCCUAGACCAGAGACUUCCAUUACAUGAUGAUAUGCUUGUGAAUUAGGAUCCACCACCUGAGGAGUUUGCUGCCCCAAGAAAUGAAAAUCACAAUUUAGGAGCUGCUGUAAGGAGACAGCUCAUUGACAAUGUUUUUUCUUAGUGAUUUUCUUUUUUUUAUUUCCUAUGAUAUAUGUAACUGCUUGAAGGCAAAAAUGUGUGUUUACUGACAGUUUUUACCACACACACAGAAUUUGAUACUAAAACUUCAGUUGCCCUUUCUGUAAUUGUUUUUUAUGGAUUGUUACAACUUUAACAGGACAAAAAAAAAAAAAUGAAAUCUAUAUUUUAUUUUCCUAUCUUUGCAUGUACA